AUGAAGAGGAAGGCAAAGAUAAACUCAGUCUUGGAGAAGAAACUCGAAGAACUCGAGUCUCUACGUGAAGCAAUUACUUUUAACGAUAUUAAUCCUAAUCUCUACAACGAAAUCAAACAUGCAGUUCUAUUCGCUAAGACCCUUUUAAUGGCUGAGAUUUUGUCGCGACCUACGGAUAUGGAAAGAGAAGAAGACAGUGAAGAGACGCUUGAACUUGCAUACAUGGCCAAGAGGCUAACCGAACUUGAGGAGGCUUUCAAAACGAACCAGUUAUCCGGUCAUGAUAAUUGUUUGGUGAUCGAACCGGAAACGGGGAGUUUGGAAACUAAUGAUGGUGAUGUCAACGGUGAAACCGGUUCGGUUUACUCGUGGGUGGAAUCGUGUAAGAAGGAAUUUGAUAAACCAGAGGGAGAAGAAGACGCCGAACAGCGGCCAUUGUUUGUAGAUGCAUCAUCGGAAGAGAAGAGAGAGGUUACAUUUCCGGCGGUGGCGGCCGUGAUGGAAGAGGUGGUGGUUAGAGAAGUGAAUGAGAAGAGGCGUGGUAACAAGAAAGAUGAUAAUUUUUUCCUUACCCCUACUUAA